GCGGGCUUGCAGCUUUACAUGCACCGUGAGACAGCGAGAGUCUCCUGUACAUGGGAAUAAGCCUGGGGCGCCCCGUCAGCUCAUGUAUCCGAUACUCCUCCGCGCCGCCGGGGUCAGAUGUCGUUGGUUGUAUCCUGCGGUAACUGUACUGCAGGGUGCAGCGGGCACACACACUCCCUCUCUCUCACACACCACAGCCUAACCUCGAAUUCGGGGGUCGGGCUUGUUCUGCCUUCACCCUCAAAAGCCAAAGCCUCGCAUUCUUACACUGCAGACGUUGUCUUGUUACCCCCGUCUUCCCCUCUCAUUUUUCCAUCCUGGAUUCUUUGCCGGCUUGGCUUACUUCGUGGAUUUCCUUAAGUUUGUGCUGUAUAGCUAACCUGAGCUGUGACGGGCAGCAGGCACGCGCAUCACCAGCCCGGCUUCUUCCUCGCUACCGUGCACCCAGACCUUCUGGCAACGACCCGGACAUGAUGUCAACAAAUAUGUAGAGCCGCCGCGGAGCUACCCUUUCUGCUGUGCUUCAUUCAUGCGCCUCCUCACUCAGUCGCUUUGCCGCCGAGCCUAACACUUCUUUCUCAAUCCAGCAGGAUUUCGCGUCGCCCUCCUGUCCCGGGCUGGAGUACCUCGACUUGCCCAAUCAAUCUGAUAUGCGUAGCUAUAGUCACGACUCCAGUACCUCCCCUUUGACACUGGAAAGUUCAGCUCAACCGUCACCAGUCAUAAACCUCUAUCCUCCGGGCCACACGUCCCUCUUCAACUCAGCACCGGCCUAUCCACCCGACAGUGGGGGCUCCUUCUAUGCUCCAACCUCUCACGUCUUCCCACACAUAGACCCGAGGUCUCGCCUUGGCUCCAGCACCUCUACCCCGGGCAUGGCACAUGCCCUUCGAUCCACAACAUUGCCGCAUCCAGCCACGCGAGAUCUCUAUACGCCAGCGACGCCCUCUUUUAGGAGAGCACCCGAGCACACACCGAGAUCUCCGUCAUUCCCAGGUACUAUCAGCCAUCGCCAGAUGGAUCCCUCGUACAAUUCCAAGCAGCAGCCGACCGUCCCCCCACUAAUGGGGUUGACAAUGCACGGCGUGCUCUAUUACUCGGACGCCCCGAACACUCAGGUGAAGCCGGAGAUCUCUGGCACAAUCGACAAAGGCUUUUUCCUGGCCGAAGGCGAGUGGACAUGUUACCGGCGAAACUACUUCUCGUGUAUUUGCUCAUUCAACCUCCCUCCGUCGACACACCCUCAGGCUAGCCUCCACUUCACGCCAUCUGGGUCCAGCCAGGCGUACCAAGUUGCUGGCUGGGCCAUGUGUAUCUCGGCAGUCGUAUCUGAGAAUGAUGCUCACACGAUUGAAUUGGUGCAACACACCCCGAAGCGGGACAAAGGCCCCAUCUCGCCCCCGGAAAAGACCAGACUGAACCCCAAGCCUCCCCAGACGGCGCACCAUCCGCUGGGUCACUACGCGCAGACAGAAAUGGGGCUUGGAGGGUCUUCGAGGGCCUAUGAACAGUCUAUGUAUGGUCAGCCGUUGCCGCAUACCGCCCUUCACCCUUCGCUCCCGACGGAACACACCUUCGAGCGGAUCCAGUUCAAGCAGGCCACAGCAAACAACGGGAAGCGCAGGGCGGCACAACAAUACUACCACCUGGUCGUCGAGCUCUUUGCAGAUAUCGGAUCCCAGGGUCAGGGAAAUGAUCAAUGGCUCAAGGUCGCGCACAGGAAGUCGUCCAAGAUGAUCGUUCGUGGAAGGUCGCCGGGACACUACCAAUCCGAGCGAAGAGCGAGCACGAGCAGCGGGCCUGGUGGUUCGGCUGGCGGUAUGGGCGGCUACACCGGCGCUGGCUCAACCAUGAUUGGGGGCGGGUAUGCGGGACCAAAUGCGAACAUGCUUGGGGGCGGUUACGGGGCCGCUUACGACACGCGGCCGGACCAUUAUCGCACCCACCACGAGGCGAUCCCUAUGGAGCCCAUACUCAACCCGGAAGAGUCCAAGGCGGUACACGAGCCCGAGAAGUAUCAGUACUACCCGACAGCUAUCAUCGAGCCUCAACACGACCCUCGACAACCAGUUGAGAUGUUCCAUCACACCCCUACCACGAGGCCGUCGGACAAUUCCCUGAGAAUGGGAAGUGGGUUCGAUCUUACUUCGAAGCUAUACCCGGGACCUCUGUUCUCCGACAGGGGUGGGGCCUGUGGACGAUACGAAGGGAAGUCCACCUCGAACGGCUACUACCCACAGAUGAUGCCUCCACCACAGACAUCAGCAGUUGGUCUUCACUGAAGGCAGGAUUGCCUGAGGCUCAAAGACAAAUGGUUUUGACAAUACUAGCUGCAUAGCACUUUGAGGGGCAGAGCUGGGCCCAACAGCGCCACUUUUCUCACGGGCGAUGCCACGCGUAAACGACCUGACCUGAGUUGAGUUCCCUGAACCGGAUACCUGGAACAGGGGCAGCGGAAUAUAUCUGGGAAAAGGAAACUACCUGGGAAACGAACCUUGUCAUUUUUUUUCUUGUGUCGUUUGCUAAGUCGACAUCAGGGCAGGUCUGGUCCGAUGGAUUUUAAUGGCGUAUGGGUCGGCCUGGGAUAUGUAGGAGCAAGGAGCCAUUGGAAAGACAGGGCAUCAACGGGGCUAUUUCUCUUUAUCAGGAACCUGGGACAGGAAAUGGGCACUUGGGAAAAUGGGACAGAAGGGCAUGGCAUUUGCGAGAAAUACCCGUUUGAUUUACCACCCCCACCCCCAACAUCAAUUCCAUCAACACGGCUCAUCCGCACAGAGCACCAACAUUCGCUUCCAGGCGGACACGAAGAAUACGGUGACGAAGGACACGAGAUGGAUGAGGCUUUUGGACGAGUCGCGCACGUGGGGGGAUGAUAGCUACGGAAGCGGACGGCUUGAUCCUGGCGAUUCCUCGCCGCUCGUUUCGCCUGGCUCGGCUUGGAGCGUUGGCUGAAGAGUUGUCGUUUUGCAUCAUAACACCUCCCUCCCAUCGAAGCCGCAAACCCCUUUUCGACGACAGAAACAUCUUGGCAGGUCUCGCAUGGAGGGAUUCUAUCUUUGUUGUACUUGUUGAUUCGCUGCACUUUACACACAAAUCUUUUCUGGCAGCAUGUAACGUACGAGGGACACCCGAGGCCUUGAUGCGAGAUUCAAGAUUCAAGUAUGACGUUGGGCUGCUGUAUUUCUUGCCGGCAGAACCAUUGUUUUCAAAAGCAUGACUGUGCUACUGGAGAGACGGUUUGCGUGCAUGAGAGAGACCGUGCCCGAUUGUACACAGUAAACGCGCCCCACGGCCGUUGUGCCUGUGGAACCUGUUGGCCAUCUACCGACCAGCUCGGGAGCAGUGAUCCGAACGGGCCCCAGUACGCUUGUUAUUCUGACAGCUCCCCGGCAGGGCACAACAUAGUGCGAUGUUGAGGCUGGCUGGGAGGGAAGGUGAAUACGAGUGCCACUCACCAUUGGCCCUCUGCAUUGAGCGUCUGGUCUGCCCACGGUCCCGUGUUCCUUGCAUAGAAAUCGAAGGAACAGGAGGACGGCGGUGAAGUGGGGACUAUUGUUGGGGGCUGAAAAAAAGAUCCAAGGCGAAUUGCAUGGCUACACUCACCACCAGGCCGCGAUUGAGAGCGCACCCCACAAUGCAAGCACGACGUCCAGCACACGCCCCCCCCCCCCC